AGCUUUCAUUGUUGUCUUUGCGGUUGUAUUUAUAAUACUGGUUCUUGUUGUUGUACUAGAUAUUGUUGGACUGAGAACCGGUGUUAUGAUCGAGACAAUAUCAAUCAAUACCACCGAGGCUGGAUCACACGCGCUAUUCGGUAGCGAGAUUGAUAAGAUAUUUCUACGGACGCAGACGUGAUCCUUUACGCUACGAUGGACUAUGGGAUUUGGGGUCUUCAUGCCGCGAGUAGACUCUGGGGUGACCCGCGACUCGCUCGGCACCCAAUCAUACCACCAGGUGCACCUCAACUUUUGUCCCGCGCAGUUCUUACUCUAAGUGCACUACAACAGCAGCAGCAAUUAAGCGCCGCGAUGGCCACCGAAGCUGAAAGCUCCUGUCAGGCGAUAGAACUCACUGCCAAGUCUUCCAGCAGCGAUGGAACCAGAAGUGAAACUAGCACGCCGUUUGAUAGAAAAAAAUCAGAAGACAACGAAAGCAACAUCGAAAAAGAUGAUGAUGACUACGAUGAGAAUACUGGAAUUAAUGACAACGAAGAUCCUGGUGAUGAGAGCGACACUGGUAGCACUAAUAGCUCUCAUCCUUCAGGAAAUAAUAAUUUACCAAACAAUUUAUUGGAUCCUAUGUCAUGUUUUGGCUUUGACAAGGACGAAACCGUGACUCCGAUGUUAAAUGGCUGGGUCUUGGGAGCCUACACAGCAAUGCUAGGAAGAUUAUCUGCGGCAACGGCAGCCUUAGAAGCUAUUGAAGUUCCUUCGAUGCCUUCUGGAAGUGAAUCUGAAAGUGAUGAGUCUUCAUACACUGAAAAAUCUAGAGAUAAUAGUCCAGUUGCGGGAGCAUACAGAGGAUAUCCAUGUGGAUCGUGUGACGUGGUAGCUUCGACGAGACCGGCUCUGAAAAAACACCUGCUGGACUGCCAUCCAGCCUCAUCAUCAGGAUCCGAGGCCAGCAGCACGAGAACGUGUCCGUCAGCGGGCUGCGACUUUACGAGCAAGUCGAGGUGCGAAAUGGAAACUCACGUUGCGGGUCACGUCACCCAGGGAAUGACUUCCACGGGAAAAAAAAGGUCUCUAGCUCUUCAGCGCGUCAGGUAUAGGUACGAGAGGGAAGAAUACAGAUGCUCGCUGUGUUCGUAUGCCUGUACUAUUGAGAAAGCGUUUCAACGACACUUGCGUGCUCAUGCGAGAGGCUCCGCACCAGAGACCAGAGUCAGCUGCGCUGUUUGCGGUGCCGACAGGUCCUCCGAGGUCGAUUUGAGUCGACAUAUGAGGAGGCAUCGGGAUGAUAGAUAUUUCUGUUGCGAUAUUUGUGUUUUUCGGACGGUUCAAUUGAAAAAAUUGAUACAGCACCGACGAAUGCAUACAGGAGAAAAACCCCAUUUGUGUCCCCACUGUGCGUACAGAAGUGCACGCCGCGAUAAUUUACGCAGCCACGUACGCCGAGUCCACAAGAAAGAAAAUCUUUAUUGUGACACCUUCAGUCCACGAGGUAUGUUGAUGAACCCCAGCUUGACACCGACUAACGAGGAUCUACCAGCAUCGACGAACCUUCAAACUCCGGCCUCACCUGCACCGUCCAAUUCAGAAUCGACGAACUAA